GCGCGCUGCGCCGGCGGCUUCGUUGCGCGCUUCCGCCCUUCGGCGCGGAUUGACAACAAUGAAAACUUUAUUGGUGCAGGGCGGGCGGCGUGGCGAGGCCGGACCAUGGCGGUGAACUACGCGGCCGGGCUCUCGCCGUACUCGGACAAGGGCAAGUGCGGCCUCCCCGAGAUUUUUGACCCUCCGGAGGAGCUGGAGAGGAAGGUGCGUGAACUGGCAGACUUGAUAAGGAGUUCCUCAAACGUGAUUUUUCACACGGGGGCUGGAAUCAGUACUGCCUCAGGGAUUCCUGACUUCAGGGGGCCGAAUGGUGUCUGGACUAUGGAGGAGAAGGGGCUCUCUCCCAAAUUUGACACCACCUUUGAGAAUGCCAGGCCCUCCAAGACUCACAUGGCGCUGCUGGGGCUGCAGAGAGUCGGCAUCCUGAAGUUCCUGGUCAGCCAGAACGUGGACGGCCUUCACGUCCGUUCGGGAUUCCCACGGGACAAGUUGGCCGAGCUGCACGGGAACAUGUUUGUGGAGGAGUGCAUGAAAUGUGGCAAGCAGUACGUGCGGGACGCGGUCGUGGGCAGCAUGGGGCUGAAGCCGACGGGCAGGCUGUGCAGCGUCACCAAAGCCCGAGGGCUGCGGGCCUGCAGAGGGAAGUUAAGAGACACCAUUUUGGACUGGGAAGAUUCCCUGCCUGACCGUGACCUCACGCUGGCGGAUGAAGCCUGCAGGAAAGCUGAUCUCUCCAUCACGCUGGGGACCUCUCUGCAGAUCAAACCUAGCGGCAACCUCCCGCUGAUCACAAAGAAGAGGGGAGGGAAGCUGGUCAUAGUCAACCUACAGGCGACCAAGCACGACAGACAGGCCGACCUGCGCAUCCACGCCUACGUCGACGAUGUCAUGACAAAGCUGAUGAAGCACCUGGGGCUGGAGGUGCCAGAGUGGACGGGGCCCGUGGUGGUGGAGAGUGCCGAGCUCGUCAAGCCCGAACAGCUCUUCAAAUUCAACCCUGGGGCUCGAGGGCUGCUGAAAGAGCCCAUCUCCCAGUGCAACGGCACGGCCGGGGUGCGCGCUGACCUUGGGACCACGCUCGCACAGCGCCGUGACAGUCUGAAGCAGGAGUGUCCCAGCCCAGACACAGGGCCAACAACGGCAAAGAAGAUGAAGGUGGAGUCUCUCCUCACCUGACCCGGACUGUUCCCUGGCUGUCUAGACACUAGUCUGUGCCACUUUUCCUACCGACUUUUUUUAUACCCUUAAAUAUUGUCCCCUUUUUUUUAUGUAAGUAUUAAAUACACUUGAAUUGUG